UUAAUUCACUGGAACGUAUGUGUAUCGCGUUGAGUGUAAACUGUAGCAAUAUUUGUUUGGAACUGAAAUAAAUCAAAGAAAUGUUCAGUAUUUAUAGACAGGAUCUCAGUGAUUGAUGAAAAUCAGCUCCCCUCUCGCUCACAUCUUAAAAACGUUCUACACAGCAAUAUUGCGUAUACUUCAAAGUUUGCGUUUGCAGCAACAACAGUAAUAUCAUCAGGUAGACACAUUUGGAUUAUUUUUGCAACAACAAUACUACUAUACAGAGUUCGUGAGAGGUCUUAAAUGUAGCUACUUGAGAUUUUCAGUAAUAAAUAUUUAUAAUUCUAAUGUGGUGAUACACUAUUGUGGCAAAUAAAUACUAGUAUAGUAUUGACAUAUUUUAAUUAUUGUUAGUCGUUGCGUAUUUAUCAUUUUCGCGGAACCAGUUGUGUGAUAAGGGCAAUGAACUCUUGCCCAUUGGGAUAUCAAAGAUAGCUGUUGAUUUUUGCGAAUGGUUGAGUAUAGGUGAUCUUAGAACUAUUGGUAUUAACGUCGGCGGCAUCUUUUUAUUAUAAUACACCAAUACGACGAAUGGCCGCUUAAUCAUUACAGCCAAACAAGAAUCACUCUGAUCGUUUUGAACCGCAAAUCUCAAAGUCAGCGAUUAUGUUACGAAAUAGCAACUGUAUAGUUAGGACAUACAAAUCAGUUGUAAGUGUGAAUGCCAACGAAAAUUAUAGAUACAGCAUUAACUUUUGAAGCAAAGACUGUGCGCACACCAUUGACGUGUCAAAAUUUUACAAGGGAUUUUAACAAAUUACUACUGAGCGCAGCAUAAAAUAUGGCGAAAAUGGUGCCAGAUGUAGUAAUUUGCGGUUUCGUUAUUACGGCGCUGCUGGUGAUACACUUCUUUUCAGAUAUUUUACGCCUUUCUUUAGGCGGCUACUAUACACAUGCAACACUCGCGCAGCUCGUGGAAUCCCACUCAAAUAAGGACUAUUCUUGGUUGUUGAAACUGAUGGCCAACUGUUUUGGCUAUAGUUGUGUUUUUGUACCUGGUUUUCUUAUUUAUAAAUAUGUUGGACGCACAAAAUACUUGGAGAAGAGUGCAGAGAAAACUUGCAUUUACACUGCGGUCAGCAUGUGCAUUACCGGUAAUCCUGGCACCGAACUCGACUACUCCGAACCCAUGGAGCGCAAACCAAUGGAACCAUUGCCAGCAUCUACUGGCGCACAAAAACGCACGAAAUCUGAAGAGACAUUACUGCUAUGCUGGUGUUUUGGUGGCCUUAUGAUCUCUUACUUAACAUGGGGUGUGCUACAGGAGAAAAUCAUGACACAACAAUACUUCAAUUCCGAUGGUCAGCCAUCACAUUUUAAAGACUCACAAUUUCUUGUCUUUUGCAAUCGUUUAUCGGCUUUUACGUGCGCUAUGGUCACAUUACGAAUUAAACGUCCAGCCGGUCGUCAUUGUACACCACUCUAUAAGUACUCCUUUGCCUCUUUCUCGAAUAUAAUGAGUGCUUGGUUCCAAUAUGAAGCACUCAAAUUUGUCAGUUUUCCCACGCAAGUGCUGGCGAAAGCAUGUAAAAUCAUACCUGUCAUGUUAAUGGGUAAAAUCAUAUCAAAAAACAAAUACGAUUGGUAUGAAUACGUAUCAGCUAUAUUGAUAUCAUUAGGCAUGAUAUUUUUUAUGACCGGUUCGGCAAGUGGCUCGAAGGCAAGCAAUGUGACAACAUUUACGGGCAUUUUCCUACUCACUAUGUACUUAACUUGUGACAGCUUCACAGCGAAUUGGCAGGAUGAUCUAUUCAAGCACUAUGAAAUGUCAUCACUGCAAAUGAUGGCUGGUGUGAAUCUAUUCUCCACCAUAUUUACAGCGACUUCGCUAUGGGUACAAGGCGGUUUUAUGGAUUCACUGGCGUUUGCCAGCGAGCAUCCAAAAUUCAUACUUGACGCUCUCACAAUAUCCAUGUGCUCAGCUGUGGGUCAAUUAUUUAUUUUUUAUACAAUAUCAGUGUUUGGUGCAGUCGUAUUUACCAUCAUCAUGACAUUACGACAGGCAUUUGCUAUAUUGCUUUCGUGUUUAAUCUACAAACACAAGAUAUCGGUGCUGGGCAUUUUCGGUAUAUUGGUUGUAUUCUUUGCGGUCUUCAUGCGUUCCUAUGGCAAACAGCGCAUGAAAGCCAUACGUAAGCGUGCGGAGGCGCAUAAGCCGAAAAUGGCAGCGUAGUUGGUAGAAUUGGAUGUUGUAACCAAUGAAACGAUCGUUUGUAAUGGUCGCAGUGAUGCUAGUACGUAUGCCGGUAGCAUUACUUAACAAAAUGAGAGGCGCAAAUCAGCAUAUAAUGAAGCUUUAAAUAAGCCAAUUGAAUUAGUUAACUUCAAUGGCACCGAAAGGGGAGAAAAAAUUGUUACUCCUCACUGUGCUUGCAAUUUUCAAGCAAAAAAAAAAAAUUAUAUCUUUAUAAACAAUUGUCACUUUCUCAAAUGUAUAAAUGUCUAAUAGCUAGCUUACAAUUAUAUUUAUUUUAAAAAUAAUUUAUGCAGCAUACAUAUAAUGUACAAAUACACACAUAAAGUGGUAAAUGUAAAGCAAUUUUACAAAUUAUUUACUUAUGUAUUUAGCUAAUGUUUAAAGUUUCACGCUACUAUGUGUGUAGUUAGCGAAGAAAUUUUUUUUUUUAGAAAUUGUAAGCAAACACACACAUACAUAUAUAUUUUAACUUUGCUUUGUAUGCGUUUUAUUCGCUAUUUUCUGCAACUAUUACUUUUAAGCUUUUAUAUUCUAUUGAAAUCUUUCGAAUUUAUAUAUGCACAUUGAGAAUAAGCCUAAAAUCUAUUUAAAUAUAAAAUGAAAUAAGAAGUUAUGCGCGAAAAUACGCUUGUUAACCGCUGUAGCUAUGUAUUUGAAAUAUUUUAUUAUUAAAAUCGAAAUUGUUAAGAAAUUUGGAAAUGUGUUGAUUUCAACAUAUACAUAUAUCAGUAUGUCUUCUGUUUCUAGUAUCUAAAUGUAAACAACAACGUUAUUAAUGUUCCUUGUUGCGAUGUCCGUACUUUAAACUUAAAACUUUUAACGAAAUUUCACACUUCAUGUGCAAGUGGGAUAGUACGAAUAUAAAAAUGCACGAAAUAAAUGCUGCAAAAAAAAAAAAACAAAUUAGUAACUGAAAAAUAAAAUGAGUGUGCGUAGUUUUACUCAUA